AUGGGGGACUUGCGACUGCCGUUGGAGGACGCCAUCCUCGAGCUCUUCCAAGCAGAUCCUAGACCAACUUUUAUUGUAGAGCUGCCACAAGACGGAGCUGCCACCACCGCCGUCCGUUUCUCUAAUGCCGCCCUCGAGGCCGACCCGAGCCUCCACGAUGCCAUCCUCGACGUUGUCUUGAACCACGAGGGACAGUUCUGGGCCUGGAUCCAAGCCCAGCCCGACGUCAACGGGCAACAUGAGCCAAAGAAAUCGACCUCGUAUAUGGACCACUACUGGACUCGCACAGUACACCAUUCCAGAUAUGUCAUUGUCUCCAGUAACGAGCAACGACGACCAAACACCCCUCAGCGGCCAAAGAUUAGACACAAUGACCGAAGCCACACUCUGCUCAAGGUCCCCGCCGCAGGCACGGGCAAUGGCUCGGCGCUGGAAAGCGAGGGAGAAGAGUUCACUGUCCCAGGCUUGACACCGGAGCAAGAAGAGCCCUUUGUGCUCACCGUCAACAGCUCCGACUGGUCCUCGACGCCCUUGGGACCCAUGACGGAAUGGCCAGUGCAACUUCACCAAACAUUUAACCAAAUUCUCGCAGACUCGAGACCAAUAGUGCUUUACUGGGGGGCUAGCCUCACUACACUCUACAACGAGGCCUUUGCCAAGCUAUGCGGCGCAAAGCACCCUGGCCUGCUUGGCAAACCCCUCAAAGACGCCUGGCCCGAUUUCAGCGACAAAAUUCACGAGACAAUGAAGAAGGCAACCACCAAGCGACAUGCCAGCGAAGAGGAGGAGUGGCGCUUCUUUAUCGAAAAGUCAGAUGGCAGCCAGGAAGAGACCUAUCUCAAGUGGUCCAUUGUCCCCAUAGUGACAGAAAAGGACAAGGAAAACGUCGGCUUUUUGCAACCGGUGAGCGAUACAACCAGAAUGCGUCUUUGGGACCGACGCAUGCAUCUGCUCAUCGAUAUUGGCGAGUCUGUGGUCACAGCAAGAGACGCCAAAUCCUACUGGCGCAAGACGUUGGAGGCACUCGAGGCUUGCGAGCCUAGCUACGAUAUUCCCCUUGCACUCCUGUACUCUGUAGAUGGUAACACCAAGGCGGACUCGACUUCGCCGGCAAAGGACGAAGAAAAUAGUGUCUGCCGCCUUCAAGGUUCGCUCGGCGUACCCAAAAACCAUCCUCUGGCACCUUCCAACUUGGCACUGUCGACAAACGACAGCAGUCUCUCCUUGGCUUACCGUGAAGCCAUUCGCACACGAGAGCCGAUACUCAUAUCGACAAAAGAUGGUACUUUGCCUGAAGAUCUCCUCCACGGUGUUCAUUGGCGUGGCUUCGAGGAACCGUGUCACGAGGCCAUCGUCCUGCCGCUCCAACCAACAAAGGACGAACGCGUCAUGGGGCUACUUAUACUCGGACUAAACCCCCGCCAACCAUAUGCACUAGACUAUCAGCAGUUCAUUUCUUUGCUAAACCAGAAGCUAGCUACAACUUUGGCCUCUGUCGUCUUGCUGGAGGAAGAAUCGCGGAGAAACAGGAACAUCUCGGAACAAGCCGCCUACGACCGAGCCAAGCUGAAGGAGAAACUGGCAGUCCAAACCAAGGAGGCCAAUGAAUGGGUUGCCAAAUUCCAAGCCAUUGCCGAACUCAUUCCUGUGGGCAUGUGCUUUGGCAGUCCCGAAGGCGAAAUAUCAUUUGCUAAUGACGCAUGGCACAACAUUACUGGUGUGACCAAGUCUGAUAGCCUUACACAGCAAGAAUUCUUUUCCCGUGUCGUCGAGGAGGAUCGACCGACUGUAGCUCGUGCCUACAGUCAGAUGAAGGAUACUGGAACGGUCAACCUCGAGUUCAGAAUCUACCGAGACGAUGAUGCGCCGCUGCAACAACCCAUCGGAAGCUCUCCGGCCUUUGAAAAAGUUGGCCUGGACUUUGGUAACGAAAGCCCACGCGAACGAUACAUCAGCGCAGCUCUGAAAGCCGAGAUAGACCCUGACGGCACAGUAAUACGAAUCUUUGCCUGCAUGACCGACGUCACUUUACACAAAAAGGCCGCCGACGCUGCGAUUCGCAAGGCAUCUCAAGCAGAGAAUCUGAAGAAGCUAGCCGAGAAUGCAUCAGUCGGCAUGUAUGAAAUGCAGUCGGAUGGCAGACUAAUCUGGGCAAACAGCACGUUCUUUGAAAUGUGUGGAUUGGAAAAGAUAGACCUUACCAAGCAAGAGGUCAAGCCAUUUGAGUCAUGCGUUGUCGAAGAGGACAUGCCCUUGCUGAAUCAGGCUCUGGAGAGACUUACGACCAAGGGCAAAAAAGCAUCUGCCGAGAUCCGCCUGAACACCCUUUGGACAGAGGAAGACUUUGCAGGGAACAAGAUCGUGGCACCGCGCUGCAUCCUUGCGUCCUUUAGGCCAGUAAAAACCUCCGGUGUGAUCGAGACCUUUACGGGCUGUCUUGUAGACAUGACAUUGCAACGACAACAGUUUGAAGUUGAAAGACAGCGCAAAGACGAGGCUAUCGAAUCGAAACGCCAGCAGGAGAACUUUAUCGACAUGACAAGUCAUGAGAUGAGAAAUCCUCUCAGCGCAAUUGUCCAGUGCGCUGACUCGGUUGUUGCAUCCUCUUCCAGAGGCGAACAAGUCUUGAAGGAGGCAAAGCGUGAAAGCAACAAGGGCCCAUUUGUGCUUGACGCCGAGGCCCAUCGAGAGCUACUGCACCUGCUCUCGACCUGUAUCGACAAUGCAGAAACCAUCGAUAUUUGCGCUCAACAUCAACGGCACAUUGUCGACGACAUCCUGACCAUGUCCAAGAUGGACUCGGACCUUUUAGCCAUUAGCUCGGCCACAGUGGACCCCAGGGUCGUCGCUACAGAGUCCUUGAAGAUGUUUGAGGUAGAAGCCCGACGUGUCGACAUCAAUCUCACAAUGACGAUUGAUAAGGCGUAUGACGACCUCAACAUAGAGUUCCUAGACUUUGAUCCGUCACGGUUGCGACAGGUCUUGAUCAAUCUCUUGACCAACGCAUUGAAAUUCACCAAGUCACAAGCAACGAGGAACGUUUCAAUCAAGCUCAGCGCCUGCAAGGAAAGGCCAACAGACAAUAUAUCCUCUCUGCAGUAUAUACCACAUACGACGGACGCCUCACUUAUCCAAGUUGAGCCUGAAAGAACCGAUGCAGAUGUGAUCUAUCUUACAUUCGAGGUCAAGGACACUGGACAAGGACUGACUGAUGAGGAAAAGUCUUCGCUGUUCCAACGCUUCGUACAGGCAUCUCCUAAGACGCACGUGAAGUACGGUGGCUCUGGAUUGGGACUAUUCAUCAGUAAACGCUUAACCGAAAUGCUUGGAGGGCAGAUUGGUGUUGCUUCUCGACCUGGGCACGGUUCCACUUUUGCCUUCUACAUUGCUGCCAUGGUUCCAGGCCCCGAGGCUCUUCAAGAGGCAAGAGCAACAGCUAAGACCAUUGUUCCAGCUAUCCCAACUCCUACCAGCAGUGUACCACCGAAGCACCAAUUGUCAGAGUCGGCACGUCCUCAGACGGUGGCGCCAUCGGACAAUGUUGUUAGAGGCGUCCUCAUUGUCGAGGACAAUUUGAUCAACCAGCAAAUCACACGUCGCGGACUUGUAGAUAAGGGUUACAGGGUAGAAGUGGCCAACCAUGGCAUGGAAGCUCUAGAGAAGCUCAAACUCACCAACCGCAUGGAUGGCCAAUUCCCUCUCGACGUGGUAAUGAUGGAUAUGGAGAUGCCAAUCAUGGAUGGACUCAGCUGCACACGAAAUAUCAGAGAUCUGGAACGGGAAGGCAAACUGCGUGGUCCCCGCAUCCCUAUCAUUGCCGUCUCGGCAAAUGCCCGGAUUGAACAAAUUCAAGAGGCCAAGGCCGCCGGCUGCGAUGAUGUGCUCGUCAAGCCAUACAAGAUCCCGGAGCUCAUCAAAGUCAUGCAGAGACUUGCGAGGCGGAUGGACAGACCGGAGAUUUCGCCGACCGAGAAGACAUCGCCGGUUGAGAACCCAGAGAAUCCUCCAGCAGAAAACACCACAACGUCCAGCACGGGCAGGACAGAAAGAUCUGUCACUGAGAAAGCAGAAACGUCCGUCACUGAGAAAGAAGAGCCUGCCGCAUGA